AUGAUUAACGGAUAUCCCCUUGAAUAAUUUGAAGCUAUGACUGGUAAAAAGUUUAUGAAUGUCGAUGUAUACUUUACUGAGUAUUAUAUGAAUAUGACAAAGUAGUAUAUUUUACCUUAAAUAGAUUGUGGGAAGAUUUAUCCUAACCAAACCUUUGAUGGAUAUAGAUGUAUAGAUUUUAGUAGCAUUGAUACUGAGAAGAAAUCCCUUACUUUCUCAGGAAGUUUUCAAACAACUUAUGAAAUUCGUUUAUCUUCUUGUUCUGGUGAAAAUAAUUGUGCACCAGAGAAGGAAACCUUAAAUUAUUUAACCUAGUAUAAUAGUUCAUUAUUUGCUCAUUUUGUAACAUCAUAAUAUAACUAUACUACAAGACAGUAUUAGCAAAACAUACAAUUUUAAUAAUUUUUUUUUGAUGAUUUCUUAGUUUUUUUGUCGUAGAUUAAAAUGGAAAAAACUACAUCUAAAAUUUAAUAAGGCUUUAUGCUUCAAGAUGCAUCCAUAAAAGAACACAUAUCAAAUAUUCAUAGGUUUGAUACUUAAUAUUCAAGAAAUAAUAUAAAGUAAAAAAUUAAUUUCGAUGGAUAUGGUUAUGUAUUUAUGUAUUUAGACUAAAAUUACAGCUAGAUUGCCUACUAAUAUCCUAUGAUAACAGAAAUUUUAUCUCAGUGUGUUUGCGUUUUUAAUAUUUUUAUUGCGUUUGGUUCAUUUGCUUCAGCUUUUUCUAGAUACAAAAUUGUAGAAAAAUUAAGUGGAGUUUAUUUGAAGGAAUACUUUAAAGGCACGGCAGCUUAUUUGAUAUAAAAAUCGUAAUCUUAAAAUCCAGGUUUUGAUUUAAAUAAUUCGUACGCUGAUGAAAUUUUCAAGAUUCAAUAACAGAUUAAAAACACAGAUUUUUAACAAAAUAUCCAUAGAGUUUGCAAAGCAAGCAUUUUUUAAAGGAUAAGAUUAAUGAUUCUAUAAAUGCUAGGAAUUGAGAAGUAGAAUUUAGAAGAUGAGGGGAUUUAAAAAAGCAUAUAUGAAAAGAUAAUUGAUUACACUCUUUCAUAAUGGAUAUUUUUUAAGUUUAUAAGCAAUUAAUUCAUCUAAAUAUGGCAAUUAAAUUGA